CGAUCUUUGGCAAUAUUCCUCGGCAGUCUGUGGGCGUGGCUCCGCGCUUGUGCAACACACUCCUACUACGUCAUCGACGAGGUGACUUUCGGAAAAGAGGUACUUCUCUAAGUCAUCAUCUAGGUAAGAGAGAGAAAGCAAGGCCUCCCACUUUUCCUUUCUGCUUGUCAAGGACAGCUGACUACAGAGCAGAGUCAAAGAUUUCACAUAUGGACACUGUGAUCCGCCGGUGCCCUUUUCUCACCCUGGCUCCCAGUGUUUACCUGCAGAUGGCCGGAAAGUCAUCACUGGUGAACUUUGCCCAAAAGUGCCCUGUGAUGAUGCACCUGGCCUCCAAACAUCUGGCCAGAGCUCUGUCAUCUGCAACAUCUGUGUCCAGAGAUACUUCAAAGCACGAGGAUCAAAGUUUGCAUCAAGGACACACUUCACCACCUGCUGGCCAGGCUGCAUCCUCCAAGUGUCCUUUCCUGGCAACAGAGAUGGUGGAGAAAAACUGUAGUUUAGUAAGAAAAGCCAGCAUGGAGCUACAGGAGGACGUAAAACAGAUGCAAUCUAUCCGAACAGGGAAAAUUGGUGUAAAUGUAUCAGCUUUGGACCUUAUCGAGGCGGAAAAGGCUGACAAAGAGGCACCAGAAAGCUUUUUUAAACCAAUACCUUCCAAAGUGUCUCACCUAUUAAAGGACAAUCUGCCUGAAGUUGUCACAUUCCAGUAUGACAAGUUUUUUGAAAAGAAGAUCGAAAGUAAGAAGGCGGAUCACACGUACAGGGUUUUUAAGACGGUGAACAGGCGUGCCCCCUUGUUCCCUAUGGCGGAUGACUACACAGAAUCUUUCCAUGCAAAGAAAGACGUGUCCGUGUGGUGCAGCAAUGACUACCUUGGCAUGAGCCGUCACCCUGCAGUCACCCAGGCUAUUCUGGAGACCGUUCAGAAGCACGGUGCCGGUGCUGGAGGCACACGAAACAUUUCAGGGACGAGUCAAUUCCAUGUGGAGCUUGAGCAGGAGCUGGCUGACCUGCACAGCAAGGAUGCUGCACUGCUUUUCACCUCCUGCUUUGUAGCCAAUGACUCCACUUUGUUUACUCUGGCAAAAAUGCUGCCAGGUUGUGAAAUCUACUCUGACGCCGGCAACCAUGCCUCAAUGAUCCAGGGUAUAAGAAACAGCGGAGUUAAGAAAUUUGUUUUCCGUCACAAUGACAUCAACCACUUGCAAGAGCUGCUUGAGAAGUCUGACGCCUCAACUCCAAAGAUUGUUGCUUUUGAGACGGUGCACUCAAUGGAUGGAGCUGUGUGCCCACUAGAGGAAAUGUGCGACAUUGCCCACAGGUUCGGCGCUCUCACCUUUGUGGAUGAGGUGCAUGCUGUGGGCCUGUAUGGGCCCAGAGGAGGAGGGAUUGGAGACAGAGACAGAGUCAUGCACAAGAUGGACAUCAUCUCUGGCACCCUUGGCAAAGCCUUCGGCUGCAUGGGUGGUUACAUUGCCAGCACCAGUGCUCUGGUGGACACAGUACGCUCCUACGCCGCGGGCUUCAUCUUCACCACCUCCCUGCCUCCCAUGCUGCUCGCAGGGGCGAAGGAAUCUGUCAAGAUCCUGAAGAGUGAAGAAGGCCAGGUUCUCAGGAGGAAACACCAGAGGAGCGUCAAGCUGCUCAGGCAGAUGCUGAUGGACUCGGGUCUUCCGGUCGUCCACUGCCCAAGCCACAUCAUUCCUGUCUGUGUUGCAGAUGCAGAGAAGAACACUCAGAUCUGUGACAUCAUGUUGUCUCGCUACCACGUCUACGUCCAAGCAAUCAACUACCCGACAGUGGCUAAAGGAACGGAGCUGCUGCGCAUCGCCCCCACACCACACCACACUCCACAGAUGAUGAACUACUUUGUUGAACACCUGGUGAAGACGUGGGUGGAGGUGGGUUUGGAGCUGCUGCCGCACUCCUCAGCAGAGUGUAACUUCUGUCAGCAGCCUCUUCACUUUGAGCUCAUGAGUGAGCGAGAGAAGUCCUAUUUCUCAGGCCUCAGUCACAUGAUAUCAGCCGUGGCCUGAUAUUAAUUAAAACCUUUAAUACUAUAUUUCUAUAUAAGCUACACGUUUCACUGAUUUAUAAAAUGUUCUGCAUCACUAGUAACUGUAUGUUUAUUUCCUCUUCUGUUUUCAGAAGAGGAAAUAUUGAUAUUAUUUACACAUCACCUCAUCAAUCAGCAUUAAACUAAAUAAAUGACAUGUCUAAACAUAAAAAAAAUGUCAUUGAUUACCUACUCCAUUAAGUUUGAUGAAGAGAGUAAUACAAAACAUUUCACUUUGGCUUUUAUACUGGUUUUCAAACCAUUUUAAACAUUAAUUUAAUUUAUCUAUUAUUUUCCUACUUUUAUUGGUUGUUAAAAUGCCAUUGUACUAGUAAGUAUCAUCAGGAGCAAUGUACUGAUGGGUUUUAAUUGCUUUUUUAUGCAUCCUUACCAAAGCAACAACAACUCUUAAAGUAAAGGGCCAAUGUAGCCCCAAUUAAUCAUUAAGGCAGAUAUGCUCCUAAUAAACAUCUAGCCCUACAUUAAUGGCUUUGCAAAUGUUUUUCUAAUCUUAUCUGAAUAAUUAAUCGAAACAUUUCAUG